CGUCAGCAGCUCCUCUUGGCUGCGGAGACAUCCCGACAGAAACAUAAAGGGGGGGGGGGAUAAGUAUCGAGCCUCCACCGGCUCGAUACGCUCCGUGACACCACCGUUAAAGCGGAACCGGCCCGGUGACCCACAUUCUCAUCUACCCGCCCGUGUCUGUCAAACCCAGCAUAACGCCAGACACAACAGUUCAAACCCAAACCGUAAUGAAACAAAACAACCGACAACGGCCGCCCGCCUCGUCCCGGAUGCCGUGACCGUACCGGCGCGCGGUCACGUGUCGCAGUAAGUGUGUCAAACUAUAUUUAAAGCCGUUUGUUUUCUCCGUAACUGACGUUAGCGUAACGAGCUAGUUAGCCGUUAGCGUGUUAGCACGAACGUCUUCAGUUAACACGGUCGCCCGUCAAACCGCAACACCGGCGAGUCGCUUCGUUAAACCUGACACACGUACUUCUCCGGUCUGAUCCGACGACUGCUGCCUCCGUUCUUUCCGGUGAAGGACUCAGACCACCGACUCCUCCGUCAUGAAGGUGGAGCGGUUACCUGAUUAAGCAUCGACUCAAAAGACAAAAAAAAAAGACUCCGAUGUCGCUGCCAUGCUUCAGACCCGAAGCAAUCUGAAAAACGGCGCUCUUCGAAGACCUGUCGUCGACCUCUCCGCCCUCUGGUUGAGGAACCCGAGGCCCCGCCUCCAUCCAGCAGCAGCUUCCUCAUCCUCUCACAGGACUGGCUGCAGUCAGUAAGGUUCAUCCACACAUGUCUACCUCACGGUUAAAAGACCCCCCUCCGACGCCGAGACCCUGAACCGGAAACAAAAUGACCUCGAGCAUUGACCGGGAUGACAGCAGUAUCUUUGAUGGGUUAAUGGAAGGAGAUGAAAAGGACAAAGCAAAACGAGAGUCCCGCAACAAGUCCGAGAAGAAGCGCAGGGACCAGUUCAACGUCCUCAUCAAGGAGCUGGGCGCCAUGCUGCCGGGCAACACGCGCAAGAUGGACAAGUCCACGGUUCUGCAGAAGAGCAUCGACUUUCUGCACAAGCACAAGGAAAUCGCUGCUCAGUCGGAGUCCACCGAGAUCAGACCGGACUGGAAGCCUCCUUUUCUGAGCAACGAAGAGUUCACUCGGCUGAUGUUGGAGGCGUUAGAUGGAUUCUUUCUUGCAGUCAUGACUGACGGGAACAUAAUCUACGCCUCUGAGAGCGUGACGUCCCUCCUGGAUCACUUACCCUCUGACCUCGUGGACCAGAACCUGCUGAACUUCCUGCCCGUGGGGGAGCACUCGGACCUGUGCAAGGCCCUGUCCUCUCAUGUCACGGAGGGGGAGACGCCCACGCCCGAAUAUCUGAAAACAAAAAACCAGCUGGAGUUCUGUUGCCACGUGCUGCGAGGGACCGUGGACCCCACGGAGCCCCCGGUCUACGAGUACGUCCGGUUCAUUGGGAACUUCAAGGCCCUGAAUAACGUGGCCAAAAGUACCCGAAACGGUUUCGACGGAGCGAUCCGGCGCUCGCUUCACUCGGCCUUCGAAGGCGGCGUCUGUCUGGUGGCGACGGUGAGGCUCGCCAAGCCGCAGUUCAUCAAGGAGAUGUGCACUGUAGAGGAGCCCAAUGAGGAAUUCACCUCCAGACAUAGUUUAGAGUGGAAAUUUCUCUUCUUGGACCACAGAGCUCCGCCCAUCAUCGGGUACCUCCCGUUUGAGGUUCUGGGUACUUCCGGGUACGACUACUACCACGUAGACGACCUGGAGACGCUGGCCAGAUGCCACGAGCACCUGAUGCAAUAUGGCAAAGGGAAGUCCUGCUACUACAGGUUCCUCACCAAAGGGCAGCAGUGGAUCUGGCUCCAGACCCACCACUACAUCACCUACCACCAGUGGAACUCCAGGCCCGAGUUUAUCGUCUGCACGCAUACUGUUGUGAGUUAUGCUGAAGUGAGAGCAGAGCGGCGCCGAGUGCUCGGCAUUGAAGAAUCCCAACCCGAGAUCACAGCAGGCGAGCAGUCCCAGGAUUCAGGCUCCGAGUCGCAGCUCAACACGUCGAGCCUGAAGGAGGCGCUGGAGCGCUUCGACCACAGCCGGACACCCUCGGCCUCGUCUCGCAGCUCACAUAAAUCCUCUCACACCGCUGUGUCGGACCCGGCCUCGGCGCAGAUGAAGCUCCAGCUGGACGGCCCACCGGGUCGCCGGUCCGUCUCUGGCGUGGAGACGACGUCCCAACGAAGGUCCUCCAUCGGCAGUCAGCAGUCGAUGAGCUCCCAAACUACCGGACAGAACAUGGCACCAUCCAUGGUUUCACAACAACAACAACAACAACAACAACAACAAGUUCAGAUCAGCAGCCAAUCGAUGGUGCAGUUCUCCAGCCAGCUGGAGGUCAUGCACAACCUGAAGGAGCAGCUGGAGCAGCGGACCCGGCUGAUCGAGGCCAACAUCCAUCGGCAGCAGGACGAGCUGCGGCUGAUCCAGGACGAGCUGCACAGAGUUCAGGGGCAAGGCCUGCAGACGUUCUCGCCGAACGGAGCCGGGCGUCUGAGCCCGGGCCCCCUUCAGACGGCCCAGGGGAACCCGGUGCAGCGGGGGGGGACCCUCGGCAUGCAGGGCCAGCCGGUCUCUGCGGGGCCUCUGCAGAGCCGCGUACGGCAGCAAACCCUCCUACGGGACCAGAGCACAGCGCUGCCGGCGUCCCUCUACAACACCGUGAUGAUCCCCCGGCAGAGCCCGGCUAACGUGGUCCAGAUCGCCACCGGCUUGGCCCAGAACACCGGACCCGUGGCCACGUUCGCUCAGGACCGCUCGGCUCAGUUGAGGUUUCCUGCCAGUCCUCAGCUGCUCACCAAGCUGGUGACGGGACCGAUGGCGUGCGGCGCGGUCAUGGUCCCCACCACCAUGUUCAUGGGCCAAGUGGUGACGGCCUUCGCUCCCCAGCAGGGGCGGACUCAGACCAUCAGCAUUACCCAGCAGCCACCACAGCAGCAGCAGGAGCUCCAGCAGCAGCUCACAGCUGUGCAGGCGGGGCCGGCGCAGCAGUUCCUCCAGGCUCCUCGGCUUCUUCAUGGAAACCAGUCCACCCAGUUGAUCCUGCAGGCGGCGUUCCCUCUGCAGCAGCAGGGCACCUUCGCUGCCACGGCCCAACAGCAGCAGUUUCAACAACAGUUACAACAACAACAACAACAACAGCAGCUGGCCCCCCGCAGGGACAGUCUGUCUGACCGCUCUGCGCCGCAGUAGCCGGCUUAAGCCAAUCGGAAGCAGAGCGAGAGCCAAGCCCUCAGCGUGGGGCGUCUUGGUGACGCGGGGGAGGAGCCAAAGUGCAGCUCUGAGAUGUGAUUGGAUGGCCAGGCUGUGAGCCCCUCCCCCCCCCCAGAAGAAUCUUUAGCCGUUUGCACUUAACUCCUGCUGUGUGUGUGUGUGUGUGUGUCAGAGGCUCGUUUGUUUUCAUGUAAAAAAAAUAAUAAUUAUGGGUCAGAAAAUAAUUUUUUUAAACUUUUAUUGUACAGAACCUCACGUGUAAUAUAUUAUGUAAAUAUACCAAAAAAGAAAUAACUAAUAUUUUAUAUGAUGCAUGAAAUUAAAUGCGUAUCGUCUAUUUGCAACUUUGAA